AUGAGUAACAUGCAACCGGAAGAGUACGAAAACACGGGCUGGCUGUCGUACUUCAGUCGGCACAAGACCACGUACACCGCGUCCGACAUCCACAAGAUCAGUAACGAGCUGAACAAUGUACGGAAGAACCUAACUGCCACGCAGUACGCUUACGGUGAGCUGAGCAGUGAACUGAAGGCCCUCAAAAGCUUGCAGGAGCAGCAACGUGCUAGCGAUGAGUACGAGCAACGUGUCAUGGCCGGUGGCAAGGGUGCAUCCGCUGGCCUUCCGAAGGCGGCCGAGAAACGCCUAAAGGAGCAAUCGGAAGAGAUCAAGUGCCUGAAGAGUGAUCUGACCAGCUGUCGGAACGAGCUGUCGAAACAGAUUGCCGCCCUCAGGGUGGCUUGUAGUGAGCUGGGCAAGAAAACCGGAAAGUCCUCCAAGGGUUCACCGGCGGCCGGUCCGAGCGAUGCGGUGGCCUUAAGUCUCGAGAGCCGUAUCAUCGCCGCGGAGAUACAGAUCGAUCAGCUGGCCACGAACCAAACCGAUCGACUGGCAGCCCUGGAGCAAAAGCUUGGCCAGCUAGAGAGACAAAGCACUCCCAACGGGGAUGGCUAUGACGCUCGGCUAAAGGCACUGGAGGACGAUUUCACGCGCAAACUACAGGAUCUUACCGAUCUGGUGGUGGACCUUCAGCGCAAGCUGGCCACGAGCGAAGCCAAACAGGUGGAAAUGCUGCAGAAGCUGACGGCGGCGCAGGCCGCACUCUACGAACAGCUGGAGCACCGGUACGAGCAACAGUGUGGUCAGCUGCGACAGCUUCAGGUACGCCUUAGCCACCUCGGCCAGCGGGAUGACAUCGAUUCCACGUUCGUCUGAUGCCGUGACGUCGCCCGGUGGGCCCGGUGUAUUUUUACGUUGUAGUAAAAUGUCAGGUAGUAUUAAUUCUUGCAUCGCUGGCCAUCGCCAUGCCGAACCUGCCACCCUCC